AUGUCAAAUGCGAAUAAUGCCGUCAUUGGCGCGGGGUUGACAUUCGCUCGCCUCCUGCAACAAAAUGGCAUUUCGGUCACUGUCUACGAGGCCGAAUCGGACCGACACUCUCGCAAUCAGGGCGGGAGUCUCGACCUCCAUCCCAAGUAUGGGCAAAAGGCUCUUUCUGAGGCUGGCCUACUGAACGAGUUCCGAAAAAUCGCUCGUCCGGAAGGCGAAUGCAUCAAGCUGAUCGACAAGGACGGCAACGUCUUGGCUGAUGAGAACGUCGAUGGAAACCGCAGGCCAGCGGAUGACACCGACAAGCCGGAAGUGGAUCGUACUGCGUUGAGAGACCUGCUUCUUGAUUCCCUGAAGCCGGAUACAGUACAGUGGGGCUGCAGAGUUGACCACAUCGAGGAGGCAGCCAAUGGCACGCACGACGUUCACUUCACAAACGGUGCUGUCACGACUGGUAUCACGCUGCUAAUAGGCGCUGAUGGUGCGUUCUCGAAAGUCCGUCCACUUGUCACAGAUGUCGAACCAUUCUAUUCCGGAAUCACGAUGGUCACCCAAUGGGUUAUGGAUGCCUCUACCAAGAAGCCUUGGCUCGAUAGAUACGUGGGCGCUGGGAGUCUGAUGAUGUUCGACGAGGGCCGACUGUUGAUCUGCCAGCGUCAGAGCGGAGAUUCUAUAAGAACAUAUGCUUCGCCGCGGAAGCCAUUGUCUUGGACCAAGGAGAGCGGUAUAGAUUGGAACGAUUAUACCGCUGUGAGGAAGGCCUUUGCGGAAGAUUACUUUGGCAACUGCGGCGACGAUGUCAAGCGAGUGCUCAACGAAUGUGACGACGAUGCACACUUGGACAUGCGGCAUCUGUACAUGCUGCCCAUCGGAUUGACAUGGUCAUCGAAGCCGAGCGUGACGCUCUUGGGGGACGCUGCUCACCUCAUGACUCCUUUCGGAGGAGUAGGCGUGAACGCCGCCAUGGCCGACUCCCUAUACCUAGCCAAAGCACUCAUCACGCAGAAGAGCAACCUCCACACCCAAGAAGGUAUCUCCCGAGCCAUUGAAGCUUACGAACAAGACAUGUUCCCUCGCGCCGAGUUCUUCGCCAAGAAGACCUACGACGGUCUCGAGCACCAUUUCAGAGCCACGGGAGGACAGGAGUGGUCGGAGAAGUUCAAGAAGAGGAAUUCGUGA